AUGGCCUCACUGCAAUGCCACAAAACCACCGAGAAGGGCUUGAAUCAAGGAUAUUAUGGUGGCAGCUCAAUGGGCCAGAACGCUAACUGGCGAUGCAUGGUGACUAAGAAGGAGAACAAAUACCAAGGAACCCAGAAUGGCUAUCCAAUGGCUUACAGCGAAAGUGAACGUUAUGGCCAAAUCCACUACUCCACCCAAGGUAUGGACAAAUCUCAGGCAGUUUAUGGAAUGGCUAAAACCUGGAAUGAGAAUGGCCAAUCUUACGGCAGCCACAAGUCCCAAAAUGGAAAUGCAAUGUCCAAGACCAAAGUUCAUUGUCGUGAGAAUGGCUUUGGCGGCCAUUCAAGCAAUGGAAUUGCCCAAAUGCAAACAUAUGGCUCCAGCAAUCACACUAGCCCCGGAUAUCGUGAAGGCCGUGGUUAUGGCUAUGGGGGCCCAACCCUUAGAAACCAGAAAAAUAGUGGCGGAAUUGGCCACGGUUUCAGCAAUCACACAAACUAUGAAAUAACUGAAGCUUACGAAUAUAACGAAACCAACAGCUGUGGGAAGUACACAAACAAUGGACUGGCGCAUAGCCAAGCGGACCUUCGCGGCAAACACUCUGGACAUGGAAACGGGUUCAUCAAGACCCAAGCUUGCAGCCCUGGCAAAAACAUGAGCUAUGAAAUAACAGAAACUAAAACGUGUGAGUAUAGCGAAGCGCACCAUUCUAAUGAAUCACACUACUGCGGUGGAGCCCAUGGAACCCGUGCUGACAAGGGCAACCGCUCGGUCAAGGGUCUGCUAAGGAAGAUAAAGGAUGGCAUUUCGGGUAACAGCAGCUGCAGUGACACUGAGAGUGACGAUGAUGACACUGAUUGCGGGAGGAGGAAGGGGUAG